UUCGGGAGAGUUCUGGUCAGCCGAAACCUAACCAACCUGCUGGACAUUGACAACAUCACAAUCUACCUGCCGAGCUCCGAUGCUUUCUUCAAAUACGAUGCUGAGCUUGGGGAAGCGACGAAAUGGGCAACUCUACUCACGUACGCAACGCAAAACGGGAGAUUCACUCUAGCACACCUACCUAAGGAAGGAAAGAUUAAGUCUCGCCUAGGACCCGAUCGUUUCCUCUAUGUAAACACAUUCUAUAUUGGAGGACGACAGGUAACUACCAUUAAUGGAGCAUCUAUCAUCUACGCCGAUAUCAUCACCGACAAUGGAGUCAUUCACAUCCUUGACAGUAUUAUCUACCCUAUCGGAAGUGGCCUUACCAUCGCCCAGUACAUUGAAAAACCAGAGGAUGCUGCUUUCACCUUUAGUGCAAUCGUAAUGGCCGACAUAGUGGCACAGUCACUGAAACGCAAGACCAACAACACACAAGCUCUGAUAACUUCUUUCUCGCCAAACGACUCGUAUCUGGUCGACAUGGCAGAGUACGGCAAAACUCCUUUGUUUGAAAACAUCACUUUGCUCAAGGAGGUGUAUGAGGCACACAUUAUCGAGAACGAGGCACUUUUCCUUCCAUACGAGAUUGCAGAGAUUCCGCCCAAGCGCGCCAUGUUUGGCACACUUCGUUUUUACAGACGUGGUGGAUACUUAUACGUGGUCAACAACCGAGUGCACGCCCGUGUUGUGAAGCCAAACAUCCCCACGACCAACGGAGUCAUCCACGUUAUUGACAACCUGCUGAGGUACGUCUUCCACAACGCCGUCCAGAUCACCAACGAUGACAACAUCAACUCCACAAGGAUGUUUAACAAGUGCAUCAAAGCUCUAGCCGAGGACCAGCUAAGCCGGUUGGCCUCUGCAACUCUCACAAUGUUUAUUCCUAGUGACUUCGCUUUUUCAAAAUCGCCGUUGUUUUGGCAGAGGCCGCGGUUUGCACCUGGCCAUUAUACAAACAUUGUUGCCAAGCAUGUAACUUUCGGCCAAGUGUUGGACGCUGUUUCCUUGUACGACGGACGUAAACUGGUAAUUAGCCAGGAUCAGGUGCUCACAGUUGUACACAGCGAUGGAGAAAUUUUUCUGGAGACGGCUGACAAGAAAAUAAGGUCUAGAAUUUCGGUGACAGACUCGGGUGUUACUAAUGGUGUGGUUCAUCUUUUGGACAAUCUCUUGACCAUCAACUUCACAAUCUGGGAAGCAAUCAGCGAUAUCCCUGCUCUAAGGCGUGUUUAUGAUGUCAUCAGUAAAGACAUUGGAGACCUACGGCACAUGUUUAACACCGGGUCGGACACACUGACGGUCUUCCUGCCGUCAAACAUGGUCUUUGAUGAACACCGGGACAUCAUUCAGUCUAUGAUACAAGAUGACCCGGAAGGCUUUCUUGAG